UGACAGCCACGUCACCUCCUCUAGCUAACAGCUGCCUUAACCUGAAAUGAGUUUACGGGCGAAUUCAGCAGACAUUGUAUUUGUUUACACGCGCACAUUUAGAUAAGGAGCCCACGAGCUGCCAGACACUAAAUGCGCGACCAUUUUUAGUUUGUUUUCCCUCCUCUAAUCUCACAGGAGCUUAUGUUUGUUUGCGUUUUCCAACAAAACGACUCUGAACUGUCUCCUGUGGAAGUGUGAAGGCCUUUGAGGAGUUUGAUUAAGAUUAUACCUGUUUGAAGCGGAAUAACAGCAGCAUGAAUAUCUUUCGUUUGGCAGGCGACGUGUCCCAUCUGGUGGCUAUCAUCAUCCUGCUGCUGAAGAUAUGGAGGUCAAAAUCCUGCGCUGGCAUCUCUGGGAAAUCUCAGGUGCUGUUUGCGCUUGUCUUUACCACCAGGUAUCUUGACCUAUUUACGGUCUUUAUUUCAGCUUACAACUCAGUCAUGAAGGUGGUGUUUCUGUCUCUGUCCUAUGCCACCGUAUAUUUGAUCUACAUUCGCUUCAAGAACACAUAUAAUUCAGAAAACGACACAUUCCGCGUGGAGUUCCUGUUGGUGCCGGUCAUUGGCCUGUCCUUCCUGGAGAACUAUGCUUUCACCCCCAUGGAGAUCUUGUGGACCUUUUCCAUUUUCCUGGAGAGUGUGGCCAUAAUGCCGCAGCUCUUCAUGAUCACCAAGACAGGCGAGGCAGAGUCCAUCACCACCCACUACUUAUUCUUCCUCGGCCUCUACAGAGCGCUCUACAUCGCCAACUGGGUGUGGCGCUACCACACAGAGGGCUUCUUUGACCAGAUCGCCGUAGUGUCUGGAGUCGUGCAGACCAUUUUCUUCUGUGACUUCUUCUAUCUUUAUGCAACAAGGGUCCUGCAAGGAAAAGGGAAGAUAAUCCUGCCAAUGCCGGUUUGAGGUGGACAUCAGGGCUGUAGAAUCACCCAUCUGUGCCUGCCAUGGUUCUGCAUCUGAACAAAGACCUUGGCUUUCAACUCCAUUUGUUUUAAGCAGUGGGACUAUGUUCUUUUUGGUACUUUAUGUAUGUUUAUGAUUUUAUGUAUUUGGAGAGUAAAUGCUUACUAGUAAUACGGUUUUGUUUGGUUUUUCUGUCCUUAAAAUGCAAAUAUGACAUUGCUAGUGUGCAAAAAGAGCUUAGUAACAGUAUGCUGUUUAAAUGUUGAAUCCCAAAAUAAAUGCAGCUGAUGGUGGCUUCAGUAUUUAUGCACAGCACUCAGGUAGCUUGUUUGUAGCUUAAGUUUCUACAGAUCCAGUGAGUGCAAAAGUCCGAGGUUCUUAAAUCCAAUCCCCAAGUUAGUCUUAACUAAUACUACAUUUGUAAAUCCAGUGUAUUCCUCUCACUCUGUGUUGAAUGCGUGUUCUCUCCUUAAUGCAAGUUGUUUUGUUUUUUUUUUGUACUUUUUCUUCAUCUUGUCUUUUUUUACUUAUCUAUUUCUUCAUGGGAGAAAACAGGGCUAAAUGUUUUGUCAUGUUGUAUAAAGCCAAAGAUGAAGCUGCUGCAGUGUUAGUUAAAUGAUUCUUUGCUGUACCUUCAUCAGAUUAAUUAUGUCCACUUUAAAAAAAAAAAGAAGAGAGAGAAAAUACCAUUUGAUUGUGUACAGUUUUGAUAACUAACUGGUUUGU